AUGGACGAUCAUCAUAAUGACGAAGAUGAGCACCAUAGACAAAAUGAAGAAGAAGAGCCCGUAUUUGACGAGGAUAGCAUGGAUAUAUCGGAUCAAAUAGGGAGAGCUUUAGAAAAGUACACUCCCGUUUUACUCAAAAGGUUGAAUGCAACGAUGGAAGGGGCUAUGAAUAACCAUAUAGCUCAAAUGAUCACGGAAGAGGUUGCAAUUAACGUGCAGCAAGAAUUCGAGAAGCGUGAUACCAAAGAUAAAGGCAAGAAGACCGAAGAUGAAAAGGAGGUGGAAGUGACCGGGGAAAGAAUCUAUAAGAAGAAGUUCACUUUCCGAGAUUUUGAAGUAUGCCACCCUCCGGAGUAUCACGGUGAUCGUGAUCCCAUUGUUUGUACUCGGUGGAUAUCGGAGAUAGAAGGAGCAUUCCGUACUAGUCAAUGCCCUACACAUUUGAAGGUCAUAUUCGUGGUUGGUAUGUUAAGAAGUGGUGGGGAAAGAUGGUGGGAUGGUUUGCUGGCUAUUAAGAAGGGGGCACUAGAUAAUGUUGAAUGGCCCGAAUUUAAAGAAAUGUUCUUCAAGGAGUUCCGGUCGGAGGCCGAGGUAACUAAGUUGAGGAGUGAGUUCCUCAAUGAUUGUCAAGGCAACAUGAGCUUGAACGAAUUUCGAGCCCAAUUCUUGGACAAGGCUCAAUUUUGUCCGGAAUUUCUUGAAAAUGACCAAUUACUCAAGGAGCAAUUCUAUUUGAAGUUGAGGAAGAAUCUUCGGGAGAAGAUUAGCUUGCGUCAAAUCGAGUCUUUCUCCAUGUUGGCGGAUGUGGCCCGAGAUCAUGAAAUUGAGAUGUUGAGGGUUGAUGAAGGUGUUUUGAAAAGAAGGUAUGAAGAUGUAAAUUCUCCAAGCAAGCGGCCUAGACAAGAGGGUAGUUCCGGUAACCACUCAAAUAGAAGAAAUGUUCCUUUUUGCCGCCAAUGCAAGAAGAAUCAUUCGGGGGUAUGUAGGGCGGCGGAUAAGGGCUGUUAUACUUGUGGGAAGCCGGGGCACACUAGUCAGGAAUGUAGGUCUAAACCUCAAAAACCCAUUAUAUGCUUCAAAUGCUUUGAAGAGGGUCAUAUGAGAACUUCAUGCCCUAAGUUGACCGAGGAGGAGAGACUCGAAGAGAGAAGAAGGGGGGUAGAGAGGAAGAACACCCAAGUUCAGGGAAACCCAUGUUGA